AUGUCCAGCAGAGCGUUCGACAAAUCUGGGAGGAUUCUGCUCUCGGCCAAAACCGUGAUCAACGGGGAUGCUUGCAAGCAGCAGGCUUCGUUUGGUGCGAGGGUGCAGGCAAGUGCAUCAGACCAUGGAAGGAGGCUUGUCCUGGGGGUACUGACUUCUGCCGCAACUACUGUGCGGAGCAAAACAAACCCGGGGAAGCGUCACAGCGACCCAGAAGCGGACAGCACGGAUCUCACAGUGUUUUCUGCCGCUGCACGGCUGGCGAGGCCGAUGCGGAGCAUGCUGCAAUUCAUGACAAGCGGUUGGAGAAAAGACGGCUUGCCGAUGUGUCGCAAUGUCAAGGCAAAAUGGCAAUCGCAUGAGCUUCACACAGGUAGCCAGGUAGCCUGCGGCUUCAGCGAAAGAUGCGAAAGCAUCACUCCGACCAGAGCUGUUUGCCAGAGUAGGAGGCGGCGGGUUUGGUCGGUAACCUUGGAGAGGAGGUCCGGCCCGCGGACACAACGAAGGCGAGUCAGCGCGAUCUGGAAGGUUGGUCUGAGGGUCAUAGGAAUAAAUAGGAACUUUUAA